GGGGGCGGAGCCAACGACAUUCACUCACUCACUGUCAAGAGAGCUGAGCACGAGCGCCACUGUAGUAGAUCAACAGAAUGUGUGAAAGCGUGUGGAGCAAAACGUGCUGUUUAAAUUCUGGACUCUUUUGAAUAAGCUUGUGAUGCGUUGAUCAGUCCUCGUCAUGUCACAAACCAAAAUUGAAAUCCCUGGACGUGGUUUUCCAGGUUUACCUGUUGAAUUAGAGGACGACUGUCUCACAAGAGUGCCCAUGCUGCGGACUCCCUCACUGAGCGCGAGGAGAAACUCAUACGUGCUUCAUAAACUCAAUGUGGAUAUUGCCCCACAAAUAUACAGCGAGACACUCUCCAAUGCGCUUUCAUGGUCUGCUGAAAACAUAUUAAUAUCAGACCGAAUAACAGAAGCGGAUAAAACAGAUCCUCCAUCUCCAAAUUCUCCAUCUCCUAUCUCCAGCCCAGAGUCUUCUACCCCCAACCCCAAUUCGUCACCUCCAAAAGACUGGAGAAGCUCUGUCGAGACUCCCCUGUCCCCUCCUGCCCAGGAUGGCAGUUCAGAUUCAGACAAUGAGGUGUCCAAGGUCGUGCAAGUGGUACCACGUCGUCCGUUUGUAAGCAGACUGGAACAGGAUGAAAAAGAGGACAUUGAGACCAAAGCUGUGGCCACCUCGCCAGAUGGAAGGUAUCUCAAAUUCAACAUUGAAAUAGGGAGAGGGUCAUUCAAGACGGUCUACAAGGGUCUGGACACAGAGACCACGGUGGAGGUGGCAUGGUGCGAGUUACAGACUCGCAAACUGACAAAAAUGGAGAGGCAGCGCUUUAGUGAGGAGGUUGAAAUGCUAAAGGGUCUCCAACAUCCAAACAUCGUGCGCUUUUAUGACUCCUGGAAGUCGACUGUGAAAGGGCACAAAUGCGUCCUUCUGGUCACUGAGCUCAUGACCUCUGGCACUCUCAAAACGUAUCUGAAGCGUUUUAAAGAAAUGAAACCAAAGCUUCUGCAGAGGUGGAGUCGUCAGAUCCUUAAAGGACUUCAUUUCCUGCACACACGCACUCCUCCCAUCAUCCACAGAGACCUGAAGUGUGACAAUAUCUUCAUCACAGGGCCCACGGGAAGUGUGAAGAUUGGUGACCUUGGACUGGCCACACUCAAACGAGCAAGUUUUGCAAAGAGUGUGAUCGGAACGCCAGAGUUCAUGGCUCCAGAAAUGUAUGAGGAGAAGUACGACGAGGCGGUGGAUGUCUACGCAUUUGGCAUGUGUAUCCUGGAGAUGACGACAUCAGAAUACCCAUACUCAGAGUGCCAAAAUGCAGCCCAGAUUUACCGCAAAGUCACUAGCGGAAUGAAGCCUGACAGCUUCUACAAAGUGAAAGUACCAGAGUUAAAGGAAAUCAUUGAAGGCUGUAUCCGCAUGAACAAAGAUGAAAGGUAUACCAUCCAAGACUUGCUGGAGCACGCCUUCUUCCAGGAGAAUAAUGGUGUUCACGUCGAAUUGGCCGAGGAAGAUGACACGGUCAAAUCCGGUCUCAAGCUAUGGCUUCGUAUGGAUGGCACCAAGAGACUUCACGGAAAGUACAAGGACAACAAUGCUAUUGAGUUCCUGUUUGAGCUCUACAAAGAUGUCCCAGAGGAGGUGGCACAGGAGAUGGUAGUUUUGGGUUUUGUAUGCGAGGCGGACUACAAACUGGUUGCCAAGGCGAUGAGAGAUCGCGUGACGGCCAUCAAACGCCAGCGUGAGAAGCAUCGGAGGCAGGCAGAGGAGGAGCAGCAGAAGAAGAAGGAGAAAAUAAUUGAGGAGGAGUUUGAGCCCCCCUCACCCAAACCUAUUGGUCAGAUGCCUGAGAACCUCACUCCCCCUCCUGUGCAGAUUCUGCCCACUCCUCCAGUCCCCGAAUCCAUGUGCUCUCCUGUUAUUGGCUCAUCCGAUUCUGGGAUAAAUGGGACUUUUCCACCAGAGGCAGAGGAAACAGAGGCCGACCAGCACUUUCAUAUCCAGCACACAAGCUGCUCCUCAGCAACCUCUGACUGUGAGACCGAUGGAUAUCUCAGCCCCUCGGGUUUACAAGAUGGCACAGAGAUUUCAAAUGCCAACAUCAUCAGCUCUCCAGUUGUCCCCACGCCACAGGCCCCACCCACAGAGGCCAGGUCCAUCCCUACCACACCAAUCCCAGCUCUACGUUUCCCCUCAAGUAUUGCAGUGUCUGCUAACACUGAGGGAGGACCACCAAGCCCUUUCUCCUCACCUGUGGACAGUUAUGCUUCAGAUGUGACCUCAGGCUUGAGUGAUGGUUACGAGGGCCAAUCAGAGAGGGGGAGUAAGUUAACUGGCAGACGGACAGCAUGCAAACUGUUUAGGAGGAGGUCUCGGUCUCGUCUACGCAUUACAGGGCUGUCUGAUAAAGUUGACCGAGUGGUUGAAUGUCAGCUUCAGACCCAUAAUGAUAAGAUGGUCACCUUCAAAUUUGACCUUGAUGGUGACAACCCUGAAGACAUUGCUGCAGUUAUGGUGCAUAAUGAGUUCAUCUUGCCCUCGGAGAAAGAGGGCUUUAUUUACCGCAUCUGUGACAUCAUGAAACGGGCCGAGUCGCUGAUGAAGAAAGAUUCAUCAGGUCAUCGUCCAUCCCAUCAUAAUACCUCCAACUCGCUGUCUAGUUCCCAGCCAAACCUCCACAGUCUGGAACCAACCAAUUCGUCUUCCUCACUACCAGCUGAAUUUGGCCCGAGCGCUGGGGCACAGGCCUCUCCUCUAAGAGUCAGCAGAGACAUUACCUCACCCGCACGCCCACUAUUGCGUUCACAGUCUUUCCAUAAUGCUCCAGGUUCUCCUCAUCCACAUCGUGUCCCGUCAGCUUUGGCAUACGCUCCUGAUCCCAGAAUGCUUCAUUCCAAACUACCUCACGUGCAGCAGUAUAUACCCUCAUAUAUGAACAAUCCCACACAUUUUACCUUUCCAUACCCACCUCACCCAGGCUCCCCCAAACCCACCCACGCACCUCUAUCACGCGUGCACAGCAACCCAACUUACUCCCUCUCCGCUCCAGCAUCUACUUCCGGCUCCCCCGGUCCCUUCAGCCCAGACGUCUCAAGUCCCUUAUCUGACAUGUUGUCCCCAUCUCCCACACCUGCUCACACACCUCAAAUGUGGCCACCUCACACUCAACCCCUGUUUUCCCUGGCCAAUGUGCUUUCGAUGGCCAUGAGCAUGGCGCAUUCGUUUAUGCCCACUUCGAGCCUGGCACAGGCCAUGCCAUCUAUGGUACACACCAUACCCCCAGGCUACCAAUCUCAGAUGAGCCAACACACACAUCCUCAACCUGGAUAUCCAACGAUGUAUGCGUCCCAGUAUGCCCAGCCUGUACAAGGAGAUGUGCCGUAUACUCCAGGGAUGGCCGAGUAUUACCAGACUAUGGAUUCUCAAUUUCGGAAUCAGGAAACUGGGAUAUUACCGCCUACGUCUACUUCACCCAGUGUCAUUCCCAUUCCUGCCCAGCAGACAGCUUUUACUGUUUCUCAAGAGGGAAUACCGGGAAGCGCACAGUAUACACAAGAAACAUCCAAGGAAUAUUCUCUGCAUCAUGAAUACAGACCAACUUUCCCCAGGCACAUGCUGGACCAGCGGACGAGCUCUGGGUCUUCAUCCGGACUGUCGUCUUCCUCACAAAACAGCCUUGCAAGCAGAGUAUCGUCAUCCAGUCCUAGAUCACUGUCCCCCCCUGCACCACCAGAGACUACCACAGUAUCUCAAUGCCAAGAAAUCUCAUUAGCAUCUGAGACAAAGUCUAUUGUGACUGUGGGCCGUUUUCAGGUGUCCCCCAGUAAAGCAGUUCCUGCCCCAGACAUUGAAAAAACACCCAGUAAAACAUCAUCCGCACCUUCUGUAGAAAAAGACAAUCUCAUCCAGUCGCUGGAUCAGCCUUCGUCGACUUUUGCAUCUCAGGAGCAAAAUUGUCCAGCAGAAAAGACUCAAAAUGUUUGUGAAGCACCAUGUGAUCUAUUAGCUUCUGCUAAACCGUUCGAGACGCAGAGCAGUCGGAAAGAAGAGCAAGUUGGACGGGUUGCUCAAGAACAGGGUGAAGAACAUAAAGAUGAGAUCCCUUUAGAUAAGAAACACAAAAGGAAGAAGGUUCGCAGAGUGGAUUGUGGGACAAGUCUCUUGGGGACAUCUGUGGACAGUGGUUUUUCUGUUGCUUUGGACCCAGAAGGACGGGUGUGGGAUGGCAACACAGGCAGUCCUCCCUAUCCCAGUCCUCUUCAAAACCUCUGGACCAACUACACACGGAGCUCCUCCUACCUGAGCAGCGACGAAUCAGAGAGUGAGGAUGAUGAGAUGUGGGGGGAGCUACAAGAUCUAAGGGAGAAGCAUCUGUGUGAGGUCCAGAGUCUUCAGGCGGUGCAGAAGCGAGAGAUAGAGGAACUUUAUGCCAAGAUGGGGAAGGUUCCUCCCCCGUGUAUGGUAUCUCCAGCUGCUAUGCUCUCCAGCCGCCAGCGUCGACUGUCUAAAGGAGGAAACUUCCCUUCAUCGCGUCGCAACAGCCUACAGAGAUUGGAUAUUCAUCCUUUAACAGGAAUCAUGAGGAAAAAUUCCCUCAGCGGUCACAGUAGCAGUAGUUCCCAGGAGGGUUCACGGCCUACUAAAGGAGUGACGUUUGCUUCUGAUUAUACUAUAAUGUAAGAGUCCUUAGACGGAACUACCUCACUGAUUUGUGACUGAUCCUGAAACACCUGAGACUGAAGCAAAAUAAUAUUCAUGGAUAAGCAGCCACAGAGGCGAGACUUUCCUUGCUGAUCCAAGAAUGAUGAUCUGGGCACGGUCCGCCACAAUCACCGUCCUCAGACAGCCUCUCAUUGAACUCAAUACAGUCAGCACUGUAUCAUACACUGACAUUAUAUACAGUAAUACAGACCAAACUGGAAGAAUAAACAGAAAAGGUUUUACAGCUGGUAAAAUGUGAUGUACAUUUUCUUUAGCAGAAAUUGCUGUGUGAAGGUUUGACUUAAUCUGCUUUAUUUGUGAAUAGCCAUGUGUUUGGCGAGACUCUGCUGUAUGUGAUGCUGUUGUCAUUGGAUGAUGCUCAUUUAUGGCUCAGCACUGAAUAUAAGUCUUUUUGCACUUUUUAUCAAAAUAUACCCUGGAUAUGCAACCAAUGAGCCCUGAACAGGCAUAUAUCUACAAUAAUAAUCCAUUAUUGGAUCAGUCCUGCUGUUUCUGUUCUUUUGCCUGUGUUUGUGUCUUUGUGAUCUUAUCCAAUCCAACACAAUAAUCACUAUAAACUUACCAGAUCCGGACCACAGAUUCUUCAAUAUUUCUGUUUUUUUUUUCCAUUACCUGUUGCAGGGUUUUAGGAUCUCUUUUAGGACACAAUUCAAUGUGAAUUAAAAUAAUAGAUACAUAUAAAAAUAUAUUUUGAGGGUUGGUGGGUUUGAUGUUUGUGGCCCCAAGCUGUAUUUGGAUAUUUAGAUCACACUUACAACGUAUGAUGGGUUUUUAUAUUAUACUAAAAUAUUAAUUUAUUUUUAAAAUGAUAGAUAUUCAUCCAUCCAUUAUUCAAAUCUUUUUAGGGGUCGCAAGAGUGCCAUCUUUAUCCAGUACACACGCACUGACACAAGAAAAACAUGCAAACUCCAAAAGACCUCCUGAACAAUAAAUGUAAAAGAAGACAUUUUGGUUGUCAAACGUAAUAAAAACACGUCUAUAGUUAAUGUGAACUCUGCUAGGGUGACUUAAGAGGAACUGAACUUAUACACACUAAAUAUUACCUUGUGAUCAGUUAGGUAGAAGUAGUUACUGUAGGAAGUUAAUGUUACUUUUGAUAUUUAGUUAUUUAAUGCAGCUAUACACCUAUAGACAUCUCUACAUAUUUAUGUUUGACAUACAUGUCCAGAUCCUUUUAUAACUGUAUAUAUAUAUUUUUUGUUUUCAUGAUUUAUUACGCCUGCUUUGAGAUUUCUGUUUCUUGAGAUGCAAAUGUAUAAAGAAGCAUAUGCUUAUGUUCAUGUAUAUAUAUAUUUUAAGUGUAUUAUUUUGACUAUGACUAUUUUAGAGAUAGUAAUUUUGUAGCACAACAAAAGUUAAAACACAAGUAUAUCAGCCAUAUAAAAACCUUUUUGAAAAAAACAAAAACAUGUAUAUAAAUAUGCACACUGCACUUUGCAUAUGCAUAUGUUUCAGUUUCAUUGCGAUGGCCUGCCAAUAUAAGAACAGUACAGUACAGCAAAGACAAUAACAAACAGUUGGUUUCUAAUGUUUACAAAGGGCAGUCCAUUAAAGUUUUGUUUUUAUUAUGGUUAUCAAUGAUCAGUAAAGUACAACAUAAAUGCUUUAUGCCGUUUUAAAGCAUUUUGUCUAUUGUAUUAUAUAUGGUAGUGUUACAGAAAAGCUGCAUAUGAACUUAAAUUAUAUUUAGGAGGAAAUGACAGAUCUAAAACAGAUUUAUUUUUACUAUUAAAGUUGAAUAGGGUUUAGAUGUAGGCUAAUAGAUUUAGAUGGAGUUUUCUGUCAUGACGAUGUCUUGCACCUUUGCAUACAGAUUGUAACAUACUUCUGUCUUAAAGUGUUACGUUUCACACAUGCAGUACAUAUGCCAGCAGGGGUUUAUUCCCAUAACCUGAGAACAUUCAUUAAUGGCUUAUUUAAAACUGUGAAAUUGUAUGAAUGCCUUUAUAUACACUAUGAACACACUGCUGAGGAAAGAGUUUAAGUCUUUUAUCGAUGCUAUUUAGAUUGGGGUGUAUGGGACUUUAUGAUGGUUACAGUGUGCAUUGAAAAACAUUGUGGCUUUUCUCUUAUGAUUAUGUAUCAUAAAUCACAUUUGUACAUAAAUUCAAUAAAUAUGAAUAAAAUCAC